UUACAAAGAUGGCGUACUUUUCGGUGUCAAAGUAAACGACAUCGGAUGGCGUCGAGCGUAUCGGGGAAAAAUAAACGCAAGCUUUUGCGAUUAAAUACGGUCGGAAAAGUAGUAUCUUAGCUACAGUUUAGUCGCGAAUAGCAUAGAAAAACUUUUGCGUAGCAGUGCUUACCACCACCACGAAUGUAUUGCGCGUUAAAAAGAGACUCACACGAAAAAUUGCUCCCACUCACGUCCAAAUCGAACGUUCGGCGCUUCCUUCGAACGAUCGGAAGGCUCGGUGUAGUGAUAACUGCGGAUCAAGAAACAAAACAAGCACAGAACACAUAACUUCCACCAAACUCGGUUACAACGAGUGGCUUUCCAGUGGAGACUGCACAAGAACAGCAAAUCAAUCCGUGAGCAUCCGUGUAUUCGAGCAAACAAUCUCGUGUGAUUUGCAUAUUUGGCGCGCCGGUGUCUUGUGUACGUCGUUAUCGAGCGAUGUCAGUGCGUCGUCGCGAUUUAAGUCCUCCGCCGCGCGGUCCAGGAGGGGGAGGCGGUGGCGGCGGCGGCGGCGGAGGAGGUGGUCCACUCGGUGGCAGCAGCAAACUUCGUAUGGACCGCAAUCCCAGCCGUGCGAAGAUUACUGAUCCAAGCCAUCCCGCAGGUAAGCGAAAAGAAAUCGAUAAUGUCAUGAAAAAGGCCCGUGCCUUCCCGAACGAGACGUGGGACAAGAAGCUGCUUGAGGUGGAAGAAAAGGACCCGAACCGUUGGCGCCAUACCGGGUACAAAAAACUUUACAUUGAAGACGAUCCAAGUAGCUCAGAUUCGGACCGUCCGCCGGGUGGAGGUGGCGCUGGUGGUGGUCGCUACGGUAACGGCAGACGAAGCAGAUCGCCACGAUCGCCACCGCGUCCAGCGCAUCGCCGCUCGCCAUCACCGAUGCAAGCGUUGCGCAAACGCCACAUGUCGCCGCUGUCGCCCGGGCCGAUGCGUCGUCGGUCUCCUUCGCCGUCACCAAUCAAUCGUAAACCACCGCCACCGGAACUGAAACGCCGGCCACGAUCUCCCUCGCCUAGAAUGCGCCGUAAAUCGCCGAUGGGGAUGAUGCGCCGUCCUAUGUCGCCCGGUGACAUGCGAAGGCGGCCAAUAUCACCCGGUAUGGGUCCGGAUUCACCGCGCCGAGGACCACGGCGUAUGUCGCCACAUCUUGGUCCGCCGCCAUCGAAGGGCGGUCGAAUGCCACCGGUACCACGUUCGAAGCGACCGCCUUCGCCACCACCUAGGAUGAGUCGAUCGGCAUCCAUGAGCAGCUGCUCGGAUGAUUCCUGUUCCGGUUGUUCGGUCGACGAUCACCGUCGUCGCCGUCGUCGUUCUAGGGUUCGAUCUCCACCGCACAACAACGGUUCGAAGGGCCUCCGUCGUGAAGGUAUCGCGGGCAAUCACGAAAGCCGUCUGCGACCGAUGAGUCCACCACCAGUGGAUCCGCGUCGUAAACAUCUACCACCACCCGAACCGCAGCCGAAAGGGCAUCGCGUUUUAGAGAAGACUUCCCGUGAUCAACGCUCGUCACGUCCACAGCCACCUCCCGAGCAUCGCUCGAGGCGUCCACAAACACCCGAUUCCGAUCGCGCCCUGUCUCCACCGAAGCGUUCAAAGCAUGCGAGCAAAUCGUCCAGCUCGGGCCAGCCUGUAGGCCCGGACGAAACUCGACCUGCGAAGGUGCGUGCUUCGAAACAACAGGUACCGUCGUCCUCCUCAAACGUGGCUGGAUCAAAUGGACACGAUGCCGGAGUAUCGGGUGCCUCAUCCUCACAGACGGGUCUUGCAGCAGCUUCAAGCUCAUCGAGCACUGGCCACAAAAAGCACCAUAAAGACAAGAGUGCAGACAAAUUGCGUGCCCGGGUAAAAAUUGAAGGUGAACCGAAACGUCGUUCCAGACCCCGUUCGCCGUCGAGCGGUUCGGAGGAAUCGAGCAGUAGCGAAAGUUCGUUGCCUCGGUUUACUGCAACCACACGCAUGACACUUUCGGAGCGCUUUGGCAAGAUGGCUCAGUGGAGCGUGGAUCGCUCGAACAUGGAAAACAUGCGCAUCACGAAGAAUUCGGCCGGCGGUGAUCUGAAAGUGAUGAUCGAAGAGGAGCUUGAAGCUCCACCGACGCGUUACACCUAUUCACCAGCACCAGCCGGACACUUCCCCGAAGAACUAAUGACAACUGGACCGAGCGGUCUGUCAUCGUGGGACGAUGUGCGGGUACGGUACGAGUACUACAAGGGACGUGGCUAUUUGCGCGAUCUCGAUCUGCAGGAUUACAUCAAAUGGGAGGAAUGGUGGUACAAGUACCAGGAAUGGCUCAAACAGGAACGGUACUAUGAACUGUGGGAACGUUCGCAAAUGAACCGCCGACGCAAGAAGAUUCCCAUUGCACAGCGGCUAAACUAGGCUCUAGCAAGUGGUGUCACCAUCGUCGCCUAUUUAUCUAUCCCGAAUUAAAUUUUAUAGAAUGGAACGAUCUACGGAGCGCGCUCAGUCAAUUUGACACCGUACGUAACAGACAUCUUUUGAAAGUAGUGGUUUCUGAGCUUCCCGUCGUAGAUCAGCAAUGCGUAAGAAAUAUUUCAUUUAUUUUAUCUAUUAAACCCAUUUAAGAUUGUAUACUUCAUAGUUUCAUCUGACAUAUUCGGUGUACUUUGCUAACACAACAGUGCAAUUUUGGUGGAAUAUUUGUCCAUGCUUUGUACAAAUGGUACACAGGCGUUGAUUUCAAUUUCACUGUCAUGCCCGUGACGGUAACGCGACUACCGGAUCAAAAUGUUCACUUACAAACAUGCAGUACACGAAGCAACACAGGACGGUGGAGAGCCAUUUGCCCUAUCUCAGUAUAUUUAACGUUUACACUUAACGCUGUAAUAGUCGGAAAAGUAAAGCAACAAACAAUACUUUAAGAGCAAUAACUGUCUGACCUCAGUUCCAGUUCAGCGACGAUUUUAGCUUAGGAAUGUCGAUGUGCAAAAACAUGAAAACAUGAGUAAAUAAAUAAGCACUAUAAAUUACAGCUGGUUUACAGUUGGAAGUGA